UUUACUAGUUUUUGUAAAUUAUGGAACAUUUUUCAAGACGUUCAAUAGUUUAAGAUGAUUAUUUACUUAUUUAACGAGAACAGCAAACAUCUCAAAUGCCACGUCAUAUAACUGUCCUCACUAACUUUACCAAUUUUAAUAAUUCAAAUGUACAUAUAUAUUAAAUUUAACGGAUACUGUUACACUGUAGGUUUCGUGUGAUCUUCAAUCAGGUGUAAAUUUACAGUGAAAUUUGAAUAACUACACCAUUGUAGAUUGAUGAAAGUCUUAGGAAUAAGCGACAAGAUUUUCCCUGACUACUAACUAUGGAUUAGGCAACUGCUUAUAAAGUUAUGGACAGAAGAAAACAACAAUGGCCGUUUUAUCAAAACUUCUGCUGCACAUGUUAUUGUUUCUGCUAAGUUUCUCAGUCAUUCUACCUGUUGUGGUAUUUUAUAGCUGGAAUAAACCAUUUUCUAUGGUAUUUACUUUAUUCCAUGGAGAAAACUCAAUAAAAUCAUGGGCUGAUACACUGAACGAUCAACGUUUGGCAAAGGCAAAGCAAUAUUUGGCAACAAUCAAUGAAACCUUAUUGCCUGGAUAUAUUGGAGAAACGGAACUAGCUGUUGUCAUAGUGACCGUCAAUAGAACAAAUCAAGAUUAUGAUAAAUCUGGAUACAUCUUGCAGACCAUAGCGGCUACUCAUAAAAUGUUUGUUCAGGAUAAAAUCUUCCCCAAAAAAAUUAUGAUGAUAUGUAAUGUAGAUGUGUUUCCUCAGAAUUACACCGAAGUUGUGAAAUUAAAAUCCAGAAUCCCAGUAAUUCAAAGAUAUGGGUUGUCUUCAUUGCCAAUUACUUUUGAUUUCAAGAGGAGGUUUUUGUACGGUACUAAAAUUUAUCCAAACAGUUACUACAAAGAAACAGUUGAUUACAUGUACUGUUUAGAAACUGCACAUUCUCUCCGCCCAAAGUACGUGCUGAUGAUUGAAGAUGACUCAAUACCAAGGUCAAAUGCUUUAGAAAUUAUUCAUCAUAAAUUGCAAUAUUUGAAAAGGAAAUCUACCAGUACUCUGAAUGCAGAAUUUGCCUACAUAAAACUGUUUUAUCCUCCAAAAUGGCAAGGAUAUGGUUUUGAAUUAGCAAGAGUAUCAGAAAUAUUAUGUAUAGGAUGUAUAGGGGGCAGCACUUUGGUUGCUAUCAAUUUAAUGAUGUGUAAAUCUAGAUCAAAUUUUAUACGAGUUGCAUAUUUUUUAUAUGGUGCAUGGUUAUUUGUACUGGUAGUGUUAACCAUAGGGAGACCAAAUGUAUUAGAAUUUUUCAGUUCAUCUAAACAUUUUUAUACUUUGAGACCUACCCCUGGCUGCUGUACACCAGCCAUGUUGUUUUCUAGUAAAUUUAUACCUCAAGUGAUAAACUUUCUUGAAACUCAUUACAAAGAUUUGCAUACAGAUUUGGCUCUCCAUACAUUUAUUAAACAAACUGGUAUCCCUGCUUAUCAAAUUGAACCAAAUUUGUUUUAUCAUAUUGGGAUGUAUACAUCAUUAUCAUCAAAAACGCAUAAAAGUGCAGAAGAAUUUAUAUUUGAUGAUUCCCAAUGAAUGAUACAGAGAAAUUAAAAUGUUAAAAAUAAAAUCACAAUAAGUACAAAAUUAAGAUUAACUUUUGAUCCUGCAUACAUGUAUAAUCUCAAAUGACUGUUUUCUAGAAUGUAAUGUUGAAAUGUUUAUCCUUGAAUCUCUUACAUAAAUAACUAUCUGGAUUAUUAAUCAAGGUAUAAUUAGAUUAUGAUUUAAACAGAAAAAAGAUAUUUGCAUUGAAAUUGUCAUGGAAAUAUACAGAUAUAUAUUAGUUUCAAAUACAUAAUUACAUUGGUUGCAUUUUCUACUGUAUUUCCAUUAAACAUAUCCAAAGUCAAUGUUAUAAAAAGAAAAUGGAAUCAAAAAAUAAAAUGUCCCAAAAACUCAACUCGUGAACCAACAUCACUUAUAAUUCACUAAUUUGCUACAUUUGUACUAGCAUUCCUGAGUUUUAUAUGUAUUAUUAAAUUGAGAAUGGAAACGGGGAAUGUGUCAAAGAGACAACAACCCGACCAAAGAGCAGAAAACAGCCCAAGGCCACCAAUGGGUCUUCAAUACAGCGAGAAAAUCAGCUGGCCGUUAAGCAAUAAUAUAUACUAGUUCAGCGAAAAAUGGACGUCACACUAAACUCCGAAACUUAUAAAUGAGCCAAAAUUAAAAAAAACAUACAAGACUAACAAAGGCUAGAGGUUCCCGACUUGGGACAGGCGCAAAAAAGUGGCAGGGUAAAACAAAUUUUGUGAGAUCUCAACCCUCCCCUUUACCUCUAGCCAAUGUAGCAUAAACCAACACAUAGGAAUACACACAUUAAAACUCAAUUUAAAAGAAGUACUAGUCUGAUGUUAGUAUUGAUCAGUCACCUGAAGAAUAUUUUUCUAUAUUUAAAUUCUUGGACAAAUUAUUCUAUAAUUAUAUCUUUCAUAUGAUCGUCUUAUCAAGUACAUACAUUUUUUGGCAAUAAAAAUUACGCAAUUAUUUUCUUGUCUACAGUAUUUUUGCUGUUUUAUUGUUUAUUUGUGUGUUAUAACAUUUUUGUAUGCGGUACAUAUGAAUAUCCCAGACUGUAAAUCAUACAGAAUAAACUGCUGAUCUGUUUAUUUAAAUUGAAUUUUCAUUGAUUUUGUCAUUCAUCUUUCAAUUUCUGACUGUGUAAGUAUUAUUUUAUACAGUAUACAUAUUUAUACUUCAAAUAUAUAUUUUUCAUAUAUAUUUUACAUUUAAAACACUUUUUGAUGUAAUCAAAACUUUAAAUUUUAAAAUCCAACAGACAUUAAUUUCCUACAAAUUCAACACCAAUGCACCAGUGAUCUUUCCUUAAACCAUAAAAAUUGGAACCUGCAUAGAAACAAGAACAUAUGUGUCUAUAGGAACACUAUACCCCACUCACACUAUCACAUUUCAAUGUUCAGGUUGCAAUUCUGUAAAUACAGACAAUGCAAUUUCCCAUAGGAACUCCCUUUGCGGCUAAAACUGUGACACUUUUACUAUGAAGUUUCGUGAAAAAUAAUAUCCCAGAACGGAAAGUUUAUAUGCACUACUAUUUUAUUCAAAGGUCAAAAUAUAGGGCUGUGCGGCAUAUUUUCAACAUUUAUAUGCCCUGAACUUCUAAGAGUUUAAACUUAUACUAAAAUUCUAUACUACCCUUACCUCCAUUUUUGGACCUCCUAAGAAUUAAAAUUUAGCCGCUACCAUGUUUAUCUAUACUGGUUACAUUCCCAAGUGAUGUCUCUAUGAGAUGAAACACAGAGAUCAUCAAUGGGAACCAGUACCUUAACAAAUUAACAUACCUAUGAAUAUUAAAUAUCUCCCCAAAAGAGGCGUGGUUUGAGAAACAGCUGUAUUUACAAAGUGCAACCUAUACAAACAUUUAUUCAAAUAGAAAACUCUCUAAAAACACUUUUUCUCACAACAAUACUUAUUUAUCAGAAUUAUAGCCUUAAAGAAAUCACUGCAUAUACUCUAAGUCUCCUUUUACAGUACAUUUUAUACCCCUACCCCUGUUUCAAUUUUUUAAAGAUUUUGAAAACAAGACUCUAAUUAUUGCCAGCUUACCCUAUGUGCAUGUUUUCUGACAUGAACUGUCUAAAACCUGUUUGAAACUAUUCUGAUAACAAAUUGAAAGCAUUUUAGAAUACUAUAAAUGUUUUGUUUAGUAGUUAAGCAUUCCAACAUUCAAGAUUAUACAAAGUAUCAAAUCCUGCCUGUGUCUCCAGUCCACAUCUUACUGUAUGCCUAUUUGUCAAUGAAAGUUCACAAUUUCUGCCUCAAAUGGUCAGUUUAGAAUUCUUGUCACAACAGUAUCAUCCCUAACCAUAUAUCUAACAUAAGUUAGUUAAUAUAUGUCCUAGAAGUGUUUAAACAAAGGCAUAUUUGCAAAAGUUGUAUUCAUGAAGAUAUCAGUCUGGUGCAUAAAUUCACUAAAAGUUUCAUUGAAAUGACUGCUUACAUCUGAUUUUUGCAUAACUUCCUAGCACAGUUAUUGUUUACUUUAUAAAAGACCUUUAAAAUAAAAAAAUCAUAGCAUUUACAAGUUAAAUUAUCUGUUUUAUGACUCAGGGGUAGGCAUUUUCCUCUGUUUUUUGCCCCUGGGGCCUCACAUUUCCUAAUUUUUUUCCCUGUUUCUAGCAAUGUGAAAUAUUUACUACAUAUUAAGGAUAGAACACACUAUUGUAAGUUUUACUGAGGUCUUUUUGUAAUUCUAGCUUGUACUUUUUUAUGCCGCAGUCACAAAAAAGCACAUUUAGGCGUUACGGCUUACUUUUGGGUUAUCGACAGGACAAAAACACCCCACCAGAAAUAUUUAGGAAGGAUCAAUGAGUUGCAAUUACUGCGAAGAGUAAAUAUAAGCACUUCUAAACAAUUUAAAUUACAAAUAGGCAUAUAUUAUGAAUUUAUUUUGAAUUCAGGGCUUUAAGUAAACCAUGCAUACUUUAAACUGUGAAUUUAUGCUGAGUCAUCAUAGUUAAGGCCCAGGAUUUUCUCAAUCUUCAUGAAAUAUUUAUAAAACUUCAUAUUUGAGUUAAAUUCUUUAAAAUCUCUGAGAUAAACCAGAUUUUGUGAAAUUCUGUAUGUUCUAUUUUUUAACCCUAUAUAGGUUGCAAUUCUGUAAAUACAGACAAUGCAAUUUCCCAUAGGAACUCCCUUUGCGGCUAAAACUGUGACACUUUUACUAUGAAGUUUCGUGAAAAAUAAUAUCCCAGAACGGAAAGUUUAUAUGCACUACUAUUUUAUUCAAAGGUCAAAAUAUAGGGCUGUGCGGCAUAUUUUCAACAUUUAUAUGCCCUGAACUUCUAAGAGUUUAAACUUAUACUAAAAUUCUAUACUACCCUUACCUCCAUUUUUGGACCUCCUAAGAAUUAAAAUUUAGCCGCUACCAUGUUUAUCUAUACUGGUUACAUUCCCAAGUGAUGUCUCUAUGAGAUGAAACACAGAGAUCAUCAAUGGGAACCAGUACGUUAACAAAUUAACAUACCUAUGAAUAUUAAAUAUCUCCCCAAAAGAGGCGUGGUUUGAGAAACAGCUGUAUUUACAAAGUGCAACCUUCAGUGAACCAUAAAAUCAGUGUCAAAACCCUAGUUUGACAUACACGUAUAAAGUAAACAGUACAUUUGAUUAUGACAUGUGUACUUAGUUUAAAGUUGAUGUGACCAGUUGACCACAAACUACCUUGAACCAAACCUUUAAAUCUAUAAGGAAUCAUGAAUGGAUGCAUAAAACAGAAAAAAUAUCAUGCCCCUUACUACUCUUUCACAAGACAUAAAAAUAUUUUCACAGUAUGAAUGUUUGCCAUUUAUGCAAUAUUAAAAAAGAAAAUAUAAAUUCUUA